AGUUCCACUUCACUGAAAUGAAGUUGGUCUUAUUACUUUUCUUAUGGGGAGUUUUCCCCCUUUUAAAUGCUCACAAUAUCUUAGUAGUGCUUCCGUUUUGUGCUCAUAGUCAUUUUAUGUUGGGUUUCAAGCUUGUUUUGGCGUUGAUCGAGAGAAGUCACAAUGUGACUUUAAUUAGUUGUUAUCCUCAAAAAACUCCGAUAAAAAAUUUACACGAAAUAUCUUUGAAAGAGGACACAGAACUUCUGUUCAGGGAAUUUCACGAAGAGUUUUCUGAUACUGGUUCAUACAGUUAUUUUGGUCAAAUGAUAUGGGCAACAAACUUUUCUUACAACUUGGGAAAAGUCACACUUAAAAACAAAGGAGUCCAGGAAUUGAUGAAAAGCAAUUCAACUUUCGAUGUUAUGAUAAUGGAGAAUGUAGCUAACUACGUCAUCGGUAUACUCCGACAUAGAUUCAAUUGUCCAUUGAUUGUACAAUCACCUUUCAUUACGGAUACUUAUCACAAUAAUUUCAUUGAUAAUCCAUUUUCACCAGCUUAUAUUCCCAACCUUAUUGCUACGUACGAUUCGCAUAUGAACUUUUGGGAAAGGCUACAGAAUUUGUACCAAGAGAUUGUGUUACAAUUCAUUAGAGAUUUCAAGAUGAUACCUAACCAGAUAAGUUUGAUGCGUGAACUUUUUCCAGAUGCACCUGAUUUAUAUAAUGUUAUAUUCAAUCCAAGUUUACAUUUUGUACAAUCAAACCCCAGUUUGUUCGAUUCAAUACCUUUACAACAAAAUGUCAAAGAAGUUGGAGGUAUUCAUGUAACCGAGGGCAAACCGCUACCGAAGGAUAUAGAAGAAUUCAUGAACGACGCUAAAGAUGGUGUUAUUUUGUUUUCAAUGGGAUCAUUGUUUAACGGUUCCACUUUUGGAAUGCAUAUGAAAUCAGCUUUAUUACGAACAUUUUCGAAAAUUAAACAAAAAGUAAUCUGGAGCAUCGACGACCAAAGUAUAGCAACAUUAGAUAAUGUUAUGAUUAGAAAAUGGGUACCACAAAAUGAUAUCAUGGCUCACCCAAAUACUAUAUUAUUCAUAUCACAUGGUGGUCUUCUUGGGACAUAUGAAGCAAUUUACCAUGGUGUUCCGAUACUAGGUCUGCCCGUAGCUUGGGAUCAGAAAAGAAACAUAGAAGAAGCUGCAAGAAAGGGGUUUGCUAUUAGAUUAAAUCUUCUAGAGUUCACUGAAGAAGCAUUUUCAAAAGCUUUACAUGAAUUAGUCACCAAUUCUGAUUACAGGUUAAACGCCAAAAAGAGAUCAAGAAUUAUGCGUGACAGGAUAGCGACACCAUUGGAAGAAGCAGUUUUUUGGACUGAGUAUGUUAUCAGGCAUAAAGGAGCGCCGCAUAUUAGACCAACUGUCAUGGAUCUCAAAUGGUAUCAAAGAUAUUUAGUUGACGUUUUGAUAUUCAUUACUGUUAUUCCAAUUCUAGUCAUAUUUGCAAUUAUUUUAUUUGUUAGAACAAUUAUAACCUUGAAAUCGAAAUUGAAACGCGAUUGAAGGACUAUUUUAUAAUGAAUAAAUUAUAUACAGAACUUUGAUUAAACGUUUCCCUAAA